AUUUUCAGACCAAUUGAGGGCCUAUGUGAGUUCCUUGUGCAGACCAUCCCCGUGAGAGCCAAAAUAACUGUGUCCAAGAUGACUGCAUUGUAUCAAGCCAUUCCUAAGAAAGCCACUUCCCUCGCAAACAGGGUGGAGUCAGCCUCUGUGGGGGAUUUAUUUUUAAGUCUGGUCAGCUUAAGAACAGUCAGUCAGUUAGUGCCAGGCGGUCACUGGAGGCUCAUUUUGGUGGGCAGGUACAUGGCACCAUGGAAGAUUGAGUGGUUUAUCACAACAAUAAGGUGAGGAUUUCUGCAUCAGAGUCCUUGGUACCAGUGAUCCAGCUGUUGGAUUCAGGAGGCCCAGUACACAACGCAGCACCUGGACCAGCUAGGUCUCCGUCUAAGGCCGGUGACAGCUCUGGGCCUUCUCGCUGAAUGCCUGCUGGGGCUCUGAGUUCUGGGAGAAGUCCACCCAGGGCUGCAGUGUCCUGGGACUCCUGAUUAAUGGUCACACCUCUCCCUUGUGCCUCUCCGGCCCAGUGGCUGCUCAGGCAGUGCCCAGUAUUGCAGCUGAGCCUCCCAGAAGGUUGAUGUGUCCCAUCUUCGCGGCCUGUGUGCCGGACCAGGAAGGUGGUCUCUGCUCAGCCUCGGCACUGAGAAGCAGCGCCCGCCUGUGAAGGCUUUUCUCCUUUGCACAAUGUGACACAUUGCUUAUAGCAUUAGCAAGCUCAUGGAUUCUCAGUCUUCACUCUUUUAAUCACACCACUUGGCUGUUUACCAUGAGUCAAGCAUUACUAAGUGUUCUGCUGAUAUUAAUCAAUCUGAUGGUCAGAACAACUCCGACUCUAAGAAGCAUUUUCUAUUGGUUUCUUCACUUGAAAAAUGAAGCAACAACAGCUGGUGAAUGAAAGAGCCUGACCCAGGGAGAGGUGGUGCUGUCCUGUGUCCACCUGAGAGCAGGAACCGGUGGCCCUCCCUGCCUGUGCUGGGUCACCUCAAAUGCUUCGGGUAUAACAAGGGGCAGAAGAGGUUCACAGGGCCUCUUUUCUCACGCAUGCCUGAGUUUCCUAGUAACACGGACUCACUCCAGCAUGUCCUUUAUUCAUUUCUCUCUGAAUUAGAACAUCUGGCCUUGUAUUUGCAAAACAUCAAGUCCAGGAGUAGGACUUCUAAAUAGCUCAGCCUCGGGCUGUGUCCCUCAGCAGCGGCAGGAGAGCAGGAUGGAAUGUUGGGAGCCGCGUCUGUGAUAGCUCGCCUUGCGCGGCGGACGUGUGGCCUGUGGUAAAGAGCAAAGCCUGAGGUAGAUUACCCCUCCCAUCGAAUAUGUUAGUUUCCUGCUUACCGCGUAAACAACCCGCUCAACAAUAUAGUCUGCCUGGCAACUGAUGAUGUUAGCCAAUCAGCUUGCCUUGCUUACUUUAACAUGAUUGGACACUGUACCCGUAUAUAUACCGGUGCCACCCCUGGGCGGAAGAAGAAGCCAGGUAGAAGCCCAGAAGUAAAAGCCCAAAAGGAGCCGCGGAGAGCGGACCGGUAGAGGCUUUGGGGCAGACUGAAGCACAAAAGGAGCCGCGGGGAGCGGACCAGAGGAGGCUUCAGCUGGGAGAACCCAGGGCAGGCUGUACGGAGAAGAAAAAUAAAAAGAAAAGGUUGUCCACUACCAGACUUUGUCGUGUGUCCUUCCUGCCGGCCGGGAGCGGACAUCGACAUUUGGAGGCCCGCCCGGGGACUGAUCACCCCCGAGACGUGGAAGUGGACAACGCUCCAGUACAGAGCUGCGAGACAGGUGAGUUGGGGAUAAGCCUGGGCUCUGGGUGGCGCGCACCUACAGGGCUUUUAGACUCCCCUCAGGCUCACGCGUAAGUGGCGGAUUCCUUGGGCCUCACGCGGUGAGUAACAUAUUAAAAGAUGGGAAACAUGUUAGGUAGCAACACUAAGAGCGAGGGUGGUUGUGGAGAAAGCUCUCAAGAGCUUACAAAAGUACGCAGGGUAUCUGAGCAGGCCCAGUCAGGGAGCUCCCGAGAGGGGUCCGUCAAGGGGAACAAGGAUGCUAAGGAGAAGGACGGGGCUCUAGCCUCGGAGUCGUCUGACUCCGAGGACGAGGGAAAGUUGAAUGGCAAGGAGGCCAAAGAGACCAGCUGUCAGGAGCCUAAGUCGCUCAAUAAGGAGUCGCAGGGUUCUUUUCCAGCGUUGCCCCGCGAAUUGCGCUCUGCUCAACCUGGUCUGCGGAGGAGUAGAGAGCUCCUGAGCGCUCCCCGGUGCGAGAGGGAGGCGAAGCCUUCCGCCCCACCUUGGGGGCCGUUUCCGGAGGCGAUUCCUCGCCACGAGGCGGCCGCCUGGGAGCUCUCUCCCCUUUCGCCAGAACAGGAAGUGAUGCACGGGCCCCCAUUUUCCGCCCAAUCACGGCCGCUGUCUUAUGCUCCGCCGCCGGCGGGUCGGUAUUUUUACAGGCGGCUUUGGCAGGGGGGACGCUUGUCUCAUGAGGUACAUCCACCUGGGAUAGAUAGUGGCCCCUACGGGAUAUUUCCUGUACAAGUAGCUAUGGGCCAGGGACGCAAUGUAUGGGAGCCUUUUGAGAUAAAGCAGAUUAGAGAACUUAAAAAUGCAGUUACAACCUUUGGGCCGACUGCGCCUUACACCAUUGCCAUGCUGGAGAAUCUGUCUUCUGGGCCCCUCACCCCCGCGGACUGGAUUCAGCUGGCAAAGGCGUGUCUGCCCUCGGGUAGUUACCUGGAUUGGCGAGCCUGGUACACAGAGUUCUCUGCCGAGCAGGCUGAGAAAAACGCCGGUCGAGGAAAUGGAGGCUGGAGAUCUAGCUCAGCGGCAUAAGCGCCUGCCUUGUAAGCAGGCAAUCGCCAGUUCGAUCCCUGGUACCAAUAAAAAAAAAAAAAAAAAAAAAAACAAAAAAAAAAACGAAAAAGAUAAAAAUAAAAAAUAAAAAAUAAAAAACAAAAAGGGGGAGUAGGCCAAGGCCUGGCCCCAAAGGCACGAUUAUCCAUGGCACUAUUCACACACAAUUUUUUAAAUUUAAAUAAUGAUAAUCGCUCCCCAGCUGUGGAGCACUGCAACCCUUCCCCCAACCAUAAAGGGUGGGUGAAGUGGAAAGAUGUCCUGACAGGACAAUGGAUGGGCCCGGAUCCAGUGGUCAGCUGGAACCGAGGCGCGGUUUGUGUUUUCCCACAGGAACCGGGACGAGAACCACUGUGGAUACCAGAGAGACUGACACGGGCAACAAAGCCCUCGACUGAAGAUCAGACCUGCCCUACUGGAGAUCCAUCACAGACCAACCAAUAAGAUGAAUAGAAAUAGCGGUAGCCCGAAAUGGACAAGAAGAUCCUCAGGCAUAUGCAUGGCUUGCUCAAUUGGCCCACGACCGAGUCUAGAUAUGGCGGGCAUCCCUCAUUCUCCUCCAUAAGGUGACAAUACACAGCAGGGUAGGUGAGUCAAUGACGGGUAAGAGCGUGCCUCCCCAGCACGACUCGACCUAAGCCAGGCCCUACCCCAUCCUGCACGUAAGCCGCUGGACUGUUAGAUGCUGCCCAGGUCUAAAUUUCUCUCCGAGGGGAUUUCUUUACGGAGAGGAAAUGAGUGCAAGCUUGUGUGCAUCCAGGUUCCGUCCAGUUUGUGCCUGGCCCUAGAAAAAGGACGAGGGCCUCAGGGCCUUGGCAGACCAUGGCAUGGCCAACCAGGGUCUAAGCCAAGGACCUACGGUGGGCCUACACAUAGGGCAUAAGCCUCUGCACCCAGUCCAGGAAGGGCUACGAUGCGCACAUUCAUAAAAAAUAAAAUAGGGGGAGAUGUUGGGAGCCGCGUCUGUGAUAGCUCGCCUUGCGCGGCGGACGUGCGGCCUGUGGUAAAGAGCAAAGCCUGAGGUAGAUUACCCCUCCCAUCGAAUAUGUUAGUUUCCUGCUUACCGCGUAAACAACCCGCUCAACAAUAUAGUCUGCCUGGCAACUGAUGAUGUUAGCCAAUCAGCUUGCCUUGCUUACUUUAACAUGAUUGGACACUGUACCCGUAUAUAUACCGGUGCCACCCCUGGGCGGAAGAAGAAGCCAGGUAGAAGCCCAGAAGUAAAAGCCCAAAAGGAGCCGCGGAGAGCGGACCGGUAGAGGCUUUGGGGCAGACUGAAGCACAAAAGGAGCCGCGGGGAGCGGACCAGAGGAGGCUUCAGCUGGGAGAACCCAGGGCAGGCUGUACGGAGAAGGAAAAUAAAAAGAAAAGGUUUUCCACUACCA